UCGCCGUUGUCACCCCGACUCCCCGACCCCACUGCCGUUGCUGCGACGACGACGGUGCCAGCACUUGGCACUAAACUUGGCAGUGGUAGUAGCGGUGGUCGGGUGUCGGGUGGCGAAUGUGGCGAUGGUCAGUACUGGCGACGGUGGCUGGUGGCGACGACGGUGGCGAAGGUUUAAUCGCGGCCGUUCCGUUCCGCGCGAGAGCCGCGAGAGCUCGAUAGUGACGGUUUACGCGUUGCUGACGGUGGCAGCUGCCGAGAGUGCCGAGUCUGGCGGCACGUCUCGCUGCUGAUAAAAGGUGCAACAUACACGCAGGCACGGGGGCGCGCGCGCGCAUAAACGGACGCGGCCAUGCUGUAGCAGUGUAGCGUGUCGCGCCGCGUAUAUACAAUACAAUACACUCGACGCCGCUGCGCGUGUACGCCACGCAUCGUCGUCGCUGUCGUCCGCCGCUCCGUCGUCCACACACAAUGUCCUCGUCGUCGCCGAUCAUGGACAGCGCGGUGACGCACAGCCCGGGCGGGCUGGCGAGACUGUCGGCGUUGCUCGGCGCUCCGGAACCCGCGCUGCGUCUCCUCGUCUCCAUUCUGCUAGGAUUUCCCGUUGCUCUUAUUCAUAGGUAUACGCUCUACGGCAAAGACCCCAUUCGUCAGCACUUAUUUUUUAUAGCGUGCGGUCUCUCAAUUGGCUACUGGAAUUACGAUUGUAAUAUACUCCAUUCAUCGACGGCGGUAUGUGCGACGUAUCUGAUCCUGACGAUCCUCGGCAGCAGCGCAUUGUCCGUCAUAGUGACGUUCCUCUUCAACAUGACGUACCUACUUUAUGGCUAUUACACCACCAGUACCCAAGAUUACGAUAUAAAAUGGACAAUGCCGCAGUGCGUGCUGACCCUUAGGUUAAUAGGACUUGCAUUUAAUUUAUGGGACGGUCAAAAACGUGACGAGGAGCUCUCCGAUAGUCAAAAACGCGUGGCAUUGAAGGAGCGACCGUCGCUGUUGGAAAUUGCGGCGUACGCUUAUUUUCCAGGCGCCUUCCUCAUCGGACCACAGUUCAAUAUGCGACGGUACUUGGACUAUGUCAACGGUCAUCUCACAGAACGCGAUCCUCGAACUGGUGCCAUUAAGCUGCCGGAUUGCGUGUCAGCGGGAUUGUUACGAGCUUUCAUCGGAUUCAUAUAUGUAGCGAUAUUCCAAAUCGGCACACUCUACGUUUCCGAUCAGUAUCUCUUUGAACCAUCGUUCCAGAAGCUGAAUUUAAUAAAGAAGUGCUUGCUGAUCGGCUUGUGGGGCCGUAUCAAUCUAUACAAAUACGUCAGCGUCUGGCUAAUCACAGAAGGGGUGUGCAUCACUUUUGGUCUCACACAUAAUGGAAAAGACUCUAAAGGUCGUAUUAAAUGGGACGGUUGCGCGAACGUUAAACUGCGAACAUUCGAAACUAGCACGCAGUUCAAUCACUACAUUCUCUCGUUCAACAUAAACACCAAUCACUGGUGUGCCGAGUACAUUUACAAGAGGCUGAAGUUUCUGGGUUCAAAAAUAUACAGUCAAGUAAUAACGCUGCUUUUCCUUGCCCUCUGGCACGGUUUUCACUCUGGAUACUAUCACAGUUUCUUUAUGGAAUUUAUCGUGUUGUACUUUGAACGAGACAUUGGACCAGUAUUACAGAACAGCGAGAAAGUGCAAACGCUCCUGAAGACGCGAUGGGAAGCACGUAUGCUCGCUUGGAUCUUUAUGAAGCUUUACACUUUUGUUUUCAUGGGAUACGUCCUCGUGUCGUUCGUACUUCUCUCGUAUCCGCGGUAUAAUCAAGUUUACGCUAGUUUGUAUUAUUGCGGACACGUGUUCUUCCUCUCCUACCCGUUCCUCGCGCCGUACAUUAAACGAUUGAUUGGUCAAAGACAUGAACGUCAGCGAUCGCACCAAGAAUAAUAUAGCACAAUCUCUCUUUUCUUCUCCCUCGACAUCGUUGAGGCAUUGCCCCUGUACUUGGUUUUUUUUUCUUUCGCACCGUUGUUCGUUGCGAAUCGAUAUUCGAGAAGACGUAUAGCUGUGGUGUAAGGGACGCUGGUAUACAGUUACGUUUACUUACAGUCACUUAGUCUUCAGAGAGAAAUGUGAUAGCGCAUAUCCAAUACGGAAGAUACGGGAAAUAAUAAAGCGUAUUACCAUUACUAUCGCGUUUCGUAACGGCUGUGAAUCCUUUCAUAAUGCUGAAUUUUCAUGGCUUGAAUAUACGGUCGACGAUCGAGUUUCAUGAGUGAAAAAUUCUCCCUUGCAGAAUCUAUCGCUGAAACGAAAUGACGGUGGUAGAUGGAAUAUAUGCACGGAUAUUACUGCUAAGAACAUUUUAAUUUGUAAAUCGACGCACCAUUUAGAGAAAAUUUCGCUGGUCGAGAAUUUUGUGUGCCUGUAUUUGGACGUUUCUACGAUCAAACUUUACGACACAAAAAUUCAAGCGAUUCCAGCAAAUAGUUUCUAGAUACUUCAGUAUUUUCCUACAACAGUACGUUCUUGCGUCUUCAAUCGUAUUUUUGUAUAUGUAGCGUGUUCGAUUGGAAAGUUUUAUUUACAUGUAUUCCAUUUGUAAUAAAAUCUGUUUAAAUGCGUUAUGCCCUUUUAGCGAUAAGGAUUGUUACGAAUAUAAUAGUGUAGCGGCCGCGUAAGAUAGUCAAGUGUCACAAUAUCUCAAAAAAGACUCGAAGGAAGAGGCAAUUGUGCAUUUAGGUAACGCAAUAAGGACGUCCACUCGCUAAAAUAAUUUCAGGGAAAUUGCGUUGCAGAGAACACCUAGAGAAUAAUACCGCGGUUUUUGUAAGUGCAAAAAUAGUUAAAAGAACAUAGUCAGGUAUACGCGAUAUCGUGCACGAUUGAAGUUGAAAUAUAUAUAUUUUAUCGUAGUGCUACAUUUUUACCGAUCUAAUGCGAUUAAACGCGUUUGCCAUACCUCUCUAGAUGUAAAUACGACGAUAACAGAUUGACCGUGAUUCUAGUCGAGUGUGUACCUUCUAUCGUUUAUAUGCACGCUCUAUUAGUGUCAAUAUACGGUAUAAAGCGACGCGAGAAGCGAUUUUCAAUCUUAUACGUUUGCAGUUAUUUUUGUAGGUAAAAGUCUUAACAACGAUGUACCUAUCUAUUCGUGUAAUAGAACGCGGCUCUUAUUAUGCACACAGCCCUUCGAACACACAGCUCAUCGAAAUUAAGAGAUAUUAGUGGUUACCAGUUCGAUAUAUAAACCAAGUGUUCAGAAACUGAUAUACUUUGCGAUUUUGACACUCUUAUCGCAUUCACGUGCGAUAAAGUUAGAUCGACGAAAAAAAUGUAAUCCUUCGCUUAACGACCUUGAUUUAUCGAUUGCAAGUACGCCCAGUCUCUGGAGUCUUUGAUGUAGUCGCAUACAGGUUUACAAAUUUUUAGAUACUGGAACAAAUAGGAGUGUACAAGCGUAGCGCAGUCAGGAGUUAUAUUGCGUACAUUUGCCGAUAGUAUUUAUUAUAGAGUUGAAACUAACAGGACGGUCCAACGUGACUUUUCUGACGUGAGACCCUUAUACGUAGUUGAUAAGUCGCGAAUGGUGGAAUUUUAACUCUUAAAUUAAUUUGAGAAUUAAGAUUUACGCUGGUCGUUUGUUUCGUACUUAAUACCAAUGCGAACACGCUCGGCAAAUGCGCUAUUAAAUACUUGCGAAUACCUUAUCUUGGAAUCAUACGUUCCAAACGUCUUCGUGGGAAUCGUUACCGUUAUAAUAUAAUCGCAAAUUUAGUCGACAGAUAGGGCAACACGUUUGGGCAAUAGGUAUAUUCUCGAGUACAGUUCAGGACUCUCUAAAACGUUGUUUCAAGGAUAAUGAUAAGGAUUGCACUUGCAAGUGUGCUUGCGAUCUAGAUUUCAACAAUUUCGAUUUCGUGUCACGUCAGUAGUGAAAGAUUGAACAAGAAGCUCGAAAGUGAAAGAGGGAGAGAGAGAGAAACGGAUUGUAAGAAUCUGCGAAACGAGGAAUAAGACUAGCGAAGAGAAAGGCGGUGAAGUGAUUAAUAAUAUCGGAAGUUAUUUGAUAUAAAAACAGUGUAUUUACGAUUAUUUUCUUAAAAGAUACAAAAGAAACAUCGACGUCUCGUAUAUAAAAAUUAUUUUUUUCUUUACAUUUCUUUCAACAGAGGACCGCGACAAACGUCGGCACUUAGUCGUUCAAGGACUUAUUGUUACGUAUGCGUGUGUGUGUGUAUGUGUGUAUCUAUGCAUGUGUGAGUGUGCGUGUGUGUGUGCGAGCGACAUCACGAUUAGGCUUUAGCAACACGAAGCGUCUGCCUCUUAAGCACCUUCAAACACCAUGCGGCCUAUCUUAUGAGAUACUGGCGAUAUAUAUACAUCCCUCCUACGAUUAUUAAGAUCCAUCCGGGCCCGCGUUCGCGUCGCGUCGCGUUGCGAAACGACCGAGAGUAGUCACCACGUAAAAUAUUUGUCUCCGUGAAAUGCCGAGGG